UUCCUGGUGAUCUCGAAAGAGUCUGUAUCAUGGAAUCAAUCUCUAUGAUGGGAAGCCCUAAGAGCCUUAGCGAAAAUUUUUUGCCUAAUGGCAUAAAUGGUAUCAAAGAUGCAAGGAAGGUCACUAUAGGUGUAAUUGGAAGUGGGGAUUUUGCCAAAUCCCUGACCAUUCGACUUAUCAGAUGUGGCUAUCAUGUGGUCAUAGGAAGUAGAAAUCCCAAGUUUGCUUCCGAAUUUUUUCCUCAUGUAGUAGAUGUCACCCAUCAUGAAGAUGCUCUAAUGAAAACAAAUAUAAUAUUUGUUGCUAUACAUAGAGAACAUUACACCUCCCUGUGGGACCUGAGACAUCUGCUUGUGGGUAAAAUCCUGAUUGACGUGAGCAAUAACAUGAGGAUAAACCAAUACCCAGAAUCCAAUGCUGAAUAUUUAGCUUCAUUAUUCCCAGAUUCCUUGAUUGUCAAAGGAUUUAAUGUUGUCUCAGCUUGGGCACUUCAGCUAGGACCUAAGGAUGCCAGCCGACAGGUUUAUAUAUGCAGCAACAAUAUUCAAGCUCGACAACAGGUUAUUGAACUUGCCCGUCAGUUGAAUUUCAUUCCUGUUGACUUGGGAUCAUUAUCAUCAGCCAGGGAGAUUGAAAAUUUACCCCUGCGACUAUUUACUCUCUGGAGAGGUCCAGUGGUGGUAGCCAUAAGCCUGGCCACGUUUUUCUUUCUUUAUUCCUUUGUCAGAGAUGUGAUACAUCCAUAUGCAAGAAACCAGCAGAGUGACUUUUACAAGAUUCCUAUUGAGAUCGUGAAUAAAACCUUGCCUGUAGUUGCCAUUACUUUGCUGUCCCUGGUAUACCUAGCAGGUCUCCUGGCAGCUGCAUAUCAGCUUUAUUAUGGCACCAAGUAUAGGAGAUUUCCACCUUGGUUGGAGACCUGGUUACAGUGUAGAAAACAGCUUGGAUUACUAAGUUUUUUCUUUGCUGUGGUCCAUGUUGCCUACAGCCUCUGCUUACCAAUGAGAAGGUCAGAGAGAUACUUGUUUCUCAACAUGGCUUAUCAGCAGGUUCAUGCAAAUAUUGAAAACUCUUGGAAUGAGGAAGAAGUUUGGAGAAUUGAAAUGUAUAUCUCCUUUGGCAUAAUGAGCCUUGGCUUACUUUCCCUCCUGGCAGUCACUUCUAUCCCUUCAGUGAGCAGUGCUUUAAAUUGGAGAGAAUUCAGUUUUAUUCAGUCCACGCUUGGAUAUGUCGCUCUGCUCAUAAGUACUUUCCAUGUUUUAAUUUAUGGAUGGAAACGAGCCUUUGAAGAAGAGUAUUACAGGUUUUAUACACCACCAAACUUUGUUCUUGCUCUUGUUUUGCCCUCAGUUGUAAUUCUGGGUAAGAUCAUUUUACUCCUUCCAUAUAUAAGCCGAAAGCUUAAAAGAAUUAAAAAAGGCUGGGAAAAGAGCCAAUUUCUAGAAGAGGGUAUUGGAGGAACAAUUCCUCAUCUCUCUCCAGAGAGGGUCACAGUAAUGUGAUGAUAAAUGGUGUUUUCUGAUGCCGUAUAAAGUUAUACUCAUGCCAUUAUUUUUACGACUUCCU